AUGGCAAGGUGGCAUGGACGAUACGCAUUGCAAGAUGUGUUUCCCGUACUGUUUUCUGAGAUCGUGAACAAGCAUCAUAGUGUGUUGGAAAUGGGGAGGUGGGAACAAUUAAGAUGGCAGUGGAAUGUUGUGGAAGAUGAAAUAGCUCUUAGUCAGGUUGCGAGAGAGGAACUCCUGGAAUUGAAACAGCUCCUAGUGGGCGUGGAACCGAAACUCUCCGGCGAGGAUAGUUGGGUUUGGUCUUUGAAUGGUACAGGAACUUUCAAAGUAAAAGAUUACUAUAACUUGCUGAUGAGGAAUCCGGCUGGUGGUCUUAUGGAGCAAAGAAAGAUCGAGGCUCUGGACGUUGUGUGGAAUUCAUGGCUACCAUCCAAGGUGCGAAUUUUUGGGUGGAGAUUGAUUAAAGACGGCCUGCCAACAAGAGAACAACUGGUAAAAAGGGGAAUAAUUGCAGGGAAUGAAGAUAGCUUUUGUGUUUUUGGAUGCCAAUGCCAAGAGAACAUCAAUCAUCUGUUUCUUUCUUGCCAAGUAGCAGUGGGCGUGUGGGAAAAGAUUUAUCUUUGGCUUGAGCUGGACAUUCAUCCACUAGUUGAAUGCAGUGAGGACCUCUUGCAAAUGAUUGAUAUUCUUCAUAGAGUAAGGUCGCCGAGGAGGGUGGGUGCCAUUUGGUUAACGGUAUGCUGGAGUAUUUGGAGACAUAGAAAUGAUAUUGUUUUUAACAAUGGUGUUUGCAACAUAGCGGAGAUUAUAUACAAUGUCAAGAUGUAUUCUUGGUGGUGGCUGGCGAUAGGUAACAAAUGCAAGGUUACUUGCAACUUUUAUGAAUGGAACCAAUGCCCUUUGUUGUAUUUGUAG